AUGGCAUCUGAUCUGUGGGUCUUUGGCUAUGGGUCGCUCAUUUGGAAUCCGGGUUUCGAGCACAAAAAGGCACUGAUUGGCAAAAUUAAAGGCUACUCGAGAAGGUUCUACCAGGGAAGCGAUGUUCACCGUGGUCGACCGGACAAGUUGGGCAGAGUUGUGACGCUCAUUGAAGAUGAAGAGGGCUCAACUUGGGGCACAGCUUUUCUGCCAAACGAUGAACAAAUUGCACGAUCGUACCUGGACAAUCGAGAACUUCAUCUUGGAGGAUAUGACACUCUGUUGACGUACUUUUAUCCGCGAGACCCAAAAGAAGAGCCCUUUCUCGUUCUAGUGUACGUUGCAUUGCCAAGCAAUUCGCUCUACCUCGGCCCGGAUCCAGUGCCAAAAAUUGCCCACGACAUUGCCACUUCUGAAGGCGAAUGUGGCCACAAUGUCGAGUACAUUUCUAAACUAGUGGCUUUUAUGAAAAUUGAACUGCCAUUUGUUUCCGAUGAGCACCUUUUCGAAUUGGAGGAUAUUGUGAAAACGAUUCUUGAAGAGCAACAGUCGCCGGUGAUAAAUCUGUUUAAGGAUGCCAUUGAAGCGUGGAUCAAUAAGCCAGCAUCAACUGCCACCAAUGAAGAAGUUGCCUUUGAGAUACUUCAACUAGGCAAACAACAGUCGGACCAGGAGGAAGAAGAGGCAAAACCAUUCAGCUUCAUGGACAGCUUACCAAAGAGAAAACUUCGCUGCGUUCACAAAUUUUAA